CAACGCACCUAUGACCAUGAGAGAGAAAUGAGAGGAGCGUGUAGGAGUAGGACUGUGGACAGGAAAGUAGAGCAUACACAGGGUGCAAGCUUUCGCAAUCCUUCUCUCACCCGCUAUUCCUGAAAUUCAUCUGUUCUAUUAUUCUGUAUCUCUUCUUCCCAAAGGAAUGAAAGAGACCAUCACUAGUGGUUUUGGCUAAAAAGAAAACAGAAACAAGUGCUAAAAAAUGGGAGGUUGCUGCUGCAGUGCCAGAAAACCUCAUCUGCAUGGAACACCAGUUUAUAUCUAUUGUCCACCGGCCUUGGAAGAGCACGAGUCUUUAACUACUAAUGAUGGUACUGGUGGUUCACUCACUGCCGGCUUGCUGGUCGGUUUGGACCUUCAGGGAUCAACACCUGAUACUUACCGGCCCCCUCCUGCACCAUUGCCAUAUGAUACGGUUUUGGGUUGUCCAGUGUCAACUGAUUCUGAUUCAGGCAGAGAAACAGUUAGUGGUAGUAGUUUUGCAACUUUACUUACAUGUGAAGAUAUUGAAGAUGCGGAAUGCAAAGUUCAUGCUAAUUCUAUGCCUACAUCUCCAAGGAAGCCAGAACUAACAAAAUCAAAUGAAUCUCAUGUAUUAGUGACAGAGGAAGAGGAUGGUUGCCCAAUUUGUCUUGAAGAAUAUGAUGUUGAGAAUCCUAAAACUCUGACCAAGUGUGAACACCACUUUCACCUAUCUUGCAUUCUUGAGUGGAUGGAACGAAGCGACUCUUGUCCCAUAUGUGAUCAGGAGAUGAUCUUUGACCAGAAACUGAAUUAG